AUGUCUUUCGCUCUCUCGGAGGAGUCUAAGGAGCGCAUUGGAAAGAUCAUUGAGAUCGGACGAGUCGCGAUGCACUAUGGCUACCUGCCUUUGAUUCUCUACCUCGGCUACACACGCAGUGAGCCGCGACCCCCGAUGAUUCGGUAUGCUGCUAUCCCCUCUCUCCUAGUUCGUGCGACUGUUGAAGCGGCUGCUACGCAAGCUCUUGUACCAACACUACUACUUCUUGAUGCCACUACUUCGACUAUUGGCAAUUCGUCACCGACCCAAGGGCAUCAUGGAUAUGGAUGGAAUGGCGUUGAUCACCGAUUAUUGAUCUCUAUCUGCAUUGCGCCCCUCAUUGGCGGCUGCACAAUGUGUAACGAAUAA